AUGGAGGGCCACGCACUGAUCGCUGUGCGACACUCGCUAUACAGGUCAUUUAGAUCUUCGUCACUUUCACACAUUAGGAAUUCGCUCGCGCAGAACAUUAGACGCCACCGCCGCACUCUACCUCCGCGGCGCCUUUCUCAUCGCAAUGCCAACCUAGAUUCGGGCCGCGCAGGCGCUUCACAAGCCUACCCACUCUCUGGGUACUACUCCGAUAUUCUUUCUGCUCGUUCUUCGCACAGCGGCCAAGCUACCACCUCCCCUUCCGCGCCGGAGCAGAAGUCAGAAACGCCGCCUGCCGACACAAAGGAAUUGCCGCAGUCUCCGGAGGAAAGGAUGGCGAUUGUCUUUGGAACUCGACUAGCUGGGCCUGGUCGAUCCUCACGCUAUAACUCGGGGUCAAAUGCUGCAUGGAAGACUGUGAACGGGGUGCCAAUUCCGCCGAGGCCCGAAGAGCCGGACAACUGCUGCAUGAGCGGAUGUGUACACUGUGUGUGGGACGAUUAUCGAGAUGAAAUGGAAGAAUGGGCUGCAUUGCUGGCGCAGGCCAAGGCUAAAGGCGGCACGUCAAAAUCACCAAAGGUUGUUCCGACCGCUAUUCCCAAAACACCAGUCGAUGCGAUGGCCAGUACGAGCAUGGAUGAUGACGGGGGCGGCAGCGAAACGAACUGGUCGAUGCCUGGGCCUGGAGAUGAUUUGUUUGCGGAUAUUCCUGUCGGUAUCCGGGAGUUCAUGAAGACGGAAAAGAGGCUGAAGCAGAUUCAUCGGGAAGAGAGCAAUGUUUGA